AUGGACGUCUCCUCUCCCAAUCACGAUUCCCAAUCAGAGACAUCAAGUGACGCCGAGGAUGGCUCUACUCCUCUGGUCGGUUAUGCUGUGAAGCCCUCUGAGUACCAUCUACUUCAACGACGAUAUUUUCCCAGCAAGAUUGGUGGUUCCCCGGCAUGGCUCGACCCGGAGCUUUUGCCAUCGGGAGAUCUCACUUGCGAUUCCUGUGCCAAGCCGCUCACCUUUCUGGCUCAGAUCUACUCUCCUGGGGGGAACGAUGCAGCCUUCCAUCGGACCAUAUAUGUUUUUGCGUGUAGGAGCUGUCCAGGAUCGUUCAGGGCGUUGCGGUCACAACUGCCAAGGGACAACGCGUAUUACCCCCCAGUCCCGGCCUCAGAAGACGACACUACUGUGAGCGAUGAUGUUAUCGCGCCUAAGAGCUGUUCUUUGUGCGGUCUGCCGCGUGAUGUCGCCGAGUGUGACGGUCAGGGCGUGCAUGUGUCCUGUCGGAAGAGACUCGAGAGUAGGUGGAAGUUGAAGGUUGAUGAGUUUGGUCUAUUCAUCGAAGAAUGCGACGAAGAAAUGACCGACAGCGAAAGUGAUGUCUUGGCUUCUGAUUUGGUUGGGGACGAAAGUCACCUUCUCGAGGAAUACCGAAAGAAAAACGAGGAGGAGAUGAUGGAUGAGUCGGAGAUCGAGGCAUUCGAUGAACUAUGUCCGGAGAUAGAUGCUGACGACCAAGCGCAUAAGGACUUUGAGCUCCUUGCAAAGGCUAACCCUGGUCAUGUUAUUUACUAUCGUCGUGGUGGCAGACCUGUAUGGCUGACUUCUAUGGGGAAGCAGCCCGCGUCCCCGACACGGUGUGAACUGUGUGGUGCCCCGAGGGAGUUUGAGUUCCAAAUCCAACCACAGCUUGUCUAUAAGGCGUCUUGCGAUUUUGACUUUGGUGUUGUUGCCGUAUACACAUGCAGUGCUGAUUGCGAUAUCAAGGGUUAUGCUCGAGAGUUCACGGCCGCACAGGAGGAGCCGGAGGAGUGGCUUGCGUCGAAUGAGGAGAAGCAAGAGGUUGUGGACAUUCCUGUAUCAUCGAGUCGAUAAUUGAUGAUAGCAAAGUAACGUAAAUAGACAUUAUGUUGAUACCGUUCCUCCG